CAUAUAAGUUCCUUCUGAUGAGCACACUCUGCCAGUAGCUUUUAAUCCGCUGUUCUGCUACCAACGAACUAAACAAUGAAUCAUUUAAUAUUACUUGUGCUAUCAGUGAGUGUCAUGGCGUUUACGUCUAAUGCCUGCCAAUUUGGAAGUGAGGCCAUACAGACGGUCUACGAUAGAUUUGAGCUAUUUAGAACAACGAAAGCAUUCGAUCCAACUGAUCCAAAAGUUCCAUUGCAACAAUAUUCGUUCCUGCAUUCCUACAAGGAUGAUGGGGAAAUGAGAUUAGCUGUGGAAAUCAGCGGUGUCUAUAUUGUGGAAUAUUUUAUAUUCGAUGGCGAUAAUAAACUCCAAACUAAAAAUGGGCAAUAUAAAGUCAAGGGCGGUGCGAAUCUAAAUUAUAAGCGUGACGAGAACGGUGAAUUUUCAUUUGAUGAUUCAUUGAAUCAAAAGAAAUUUAAAUCUUCAAUCCGAAGCAUCGAUGCUGAGCUACCGAGUGAUUUCGAGGAGGGUUACAAACAAAUUUUGGUUGAUUUGAAUGCAAUAAGAAAGAAAAUGUUUGACUUUAAAAAUAGUCUGAGCAAGGAAGAUCUCGAGCUUGUUGAGUCCUUUGAGUUAACUCCAUCUCCGAAUGGUGACGGAUUCACUGCUAAAUAUCAAGAAAAAGAUGGGCUAGGUGUAACCGCUUCUAAGUACAAUGGAAGCAAUGACAUUUUUGGACUAUUUAUGUGCGAGAAUAACGACCAGAAAUACAAUAUUGUAGAUGGCAAGGUUGUUGCUGAUGGGGAACCAUUCGUCCCAUUAAAUCGUUUUUAUGUGCAAUUAAUUAAGCCGAUCCCGAUCAAGCAAGUGGAACAGCAGUAAAUUUGAUGCCGAAAUUCACGGUGGUACUGAAAUUUUCAAUGCGGCUAUGAUGUGAUGUUAUGAGUUAUACUUUCAAUUUUCCAAUAAAGUUUUUAAAA